CAAUGCCACAUCGAAUAAUUCAAAAAUCCGAGAAACUGGUAACUGUUCUUCUUCGUUAGCUAAGACCGACAAUCCUUGUUACAGAUCAAUCAGCUAGUAGAAGAAGUUCAAAGGUUACAAGGUUGCAUCUCCAAGAUCCAGGAGUCUUCUAUGACAAGGAUAACUCAACUAGAAGAUCAACUGGAGCAGAAGAGACAACACAUCAUUCGACUGGAAAGCAGGCUGGACCAACAGAAGGACUACGAUGAUCUCAAACGGGAAGUUAGUAUAUUGAGGGAUCCUGAAGGCAAGAACAUCGACGCACUGCUAGAGAAAUCAAAAAAUCUCCCUCAAGACAAUAGGGAAAAAUCACCCACGACAGAUAAUGAAGGUGUUGACCACCAGCAGCAUCUCCAACAUCAACAUCUCUCCACCCCUUGCAUUCAACCUCUUCCUUCACAUGCACCUACCCCUCCCACUAACUUGCCCCCUCCCUUCCAAAACGUCGAUGCUUUCGGCAGCUUAUUGGGUGAAGAAAUCGUAUCCACGUGGCGGCGAAGCGUCGAUCUCACUAGAAAGUCACCUUCUUCCGCUUCCUCAGACAUCCCGCCUCCAUCGAAGUGUGUCACGCCCACAUUAGUGAAUACCCUUGUGGUAAGCUCCGCCUCCGAGGUGGUACCACCACCUCCUCCCACUGACCAGAGCGCCGCCUCCACGCCUCAACCUCAAGAUCAACCCUCCCCUCUCCCUAUUAUUGCCCCUCCAACCACCGAGCUUAUGGUCAAUGGCAACAGCCCGAUCUCAAAGGAGGACAAUAACAACCAUCAUCACAGCAACAACAACAUUCCUCUAGCUGCGGCAGCGACCAUGUGCGCCGUCAACAACUUUUUGAGGAGUGAGGAUUCACUCAAGAGCCCGUACAGGUUCGACGACCACAGAUCUCCUUUCAAGUUUGCCGAAGAACUAGGUAUGGCUCCAGGUUCAAUGGUGGGUAGAUUAGGCGAAAGCCUGAUUCCCAAAGGAGAUCCCAUGGAAGCUAGACUGCAGGAAAUGUUGAGGUACAACAUGGAUAAAUACGCUUCUCAAAAUUUAGAUACUCUUCACAUAUCUCGUAGAGUUCGCGAACUGCUUUCAAUUCACAACAUUGGUCAACGUCUGUUCGCCAAGUACAUCCUGGGGCUCUCCCAAGGGACCGUGUCCGAGCUGCUGUCUAAGCCCAAACCGUGGGACAAACUGACUGAAAAGGGCAGGGACAGCUAUAGGAAGAUGCACGCUUGGGCGUGUGACGAGAACGCUAUUUUGCUGCUCAAGUCUCUGAUACCAAAGAAAGACAAUUUUUCGUCAACAGGCAAAUCGGAAUCGGGCAUGCCUCCAUUCACAGGAAGUGACCUGACCGAGGAACGUUUAGCCCACAUUCUCAACGAGGCCAACCAAUUUCAACAGAUCAAACAACAGCCUCUACAACAUGAAGACAGUCGCAGUAACGAAGACUCCAAGUCCCCCCAUGGCUGUGGAAGCCCCUUCUCGAGGGACUCAUCGCUCAACAAGAAGUUGAAGAAGUACGAAAAUGAUGACAUUCCCCAGGAAAAAGUAGUGAGGAUCUACCAAGAGGAGUUGGCCAAGCUGAUGAGUAGGAGAAUUGAAGAUAUGCGCAACCAGAGAGAAGGAGCUGGACCCUUUCCUGGUAUCUUCUUGCCGCACCUGUUUAGCGCUGGCGGAGGUCAGCAAAUGGACAGGACUCAGGAGGACAUUCGGAUAGCACUGGAUGCAUACCAUAGGGAACUGGCCAAAUUGAAUCAAGGUCAAAAUCCAACACAAAUGCCUCUUAGCCUGUUAGCCAUGCAACAACAGGCUUUAGCCCAUCAUCACCAGCAACAACAACAGCAGCAACAGCAGAACAAUGGAGGAGUCCAGGACCUCUCCAUACCAAAGGACAAAAUGAAGAUGAUGAAUGGAAUCAUGGACGACAAAGAAAAAGAUGAGGACACGAUGUCGAGACACUCAGGUUCUGCUUUCAGCUUGGUCCGACCAAAGAUCGAACCUGGCUCCCAACAGGCCCCUUCCUCAACUGCGUCCAGUCCUCUAGGAAACUCCAUCCUCCCUCCGAUGACCCCCACGGAUGAUUUUUCCGGAUCCGCAGCUGCCUCGCCUCUUCAGAGGAUGGCCAGCAUCACAAAUUCGUUGAUAUCACAACCGCCAUCACAACCGCAUCACACCUCGAACAACAGGCCGCUCAAGGCCGUCUUGCCACCCAUCACACAGCAACAGUUUGACAUCUACAAUAACCUCAAUACGGAGGAUAUCGUCAAGAAAGUAAAAGAACAACUGAGUCAAUACUCAAUCAGCCAAAGACUGUUCGGAGAAAGUGUGCUCGGGUUAAGCCAGGGGUCAGUCAGUGAUCUCCUAGCCAGGCCGAAACCUUGGCACAUGCUCACACAAAAGGGAAGGGAGCCCUUUAUCAGGAUGAAGAUGUUCCUUGAAGAUGAGCAGGCAGUCCAUAAGCUGGUGGCCAGUCAGUACAAAAUCGCUCCCGAAAAGUUAAUGAGGACUGGAGGUUACGGUGGAAGUUGCGCGGGAAUGAGCAAACCUAUGCCUCCUGCUACAAGCAAAAUGAUCUCCGAAGCCGCAGGCUUGCUAAACAAGAUACAACAUGAUGCCCAACAAACGAUUCUGCCACCUUCGUUGCAGUUGGGACCACCCCCACAAGCGCCUGGUAACCCUCAACCACCGCCCCCGCCUAUGAUGCUCACUCCUCCAGGAUUGGGUGGACAUCAUCCCAUGAACCUCCACACGAAUUCCGAGAUGCUGAAGAAGGCUUCCCAAUCCCCCCACGGUAUCCCCCACUCCCCCAUGAGUCAGCAACAUGCGGCCUCCCUCAGGAACAUGCAUCAACACAUGUCACCAAGCGUCUAUGAGAUGGCAGCAUUGACGCAAGAUCUCGACACUCAAGUCAUCACAACCAAAAUCAAAGAAGCUUUAUUGGCUAACAACAUUGGACAAAAGAUAUUUGGCGAAGCAGUUCUAGGUCUAUCACAAGGUUCAGUAAGUGAACUUCUUUCAAAACCUAAACCAUGGCAUAUGCUGAGUAUAAAAGGUCGUGAACCUUUUAUCAGGAUGCAACUUUGGUUGAAUGAUGCUCACAACGUUGACCGUCUUCAAGCGUUGAAAAACGAGAGAAGAGAGGCCAAUAAAAGACGAAGAUCCUCUGGCCCUGGAGCCCAUGACAACAGCAGUGACACGUCGUCGAACGACACAUCAGAAUUCUACCACUCAAAUUCCCCUGGACCUGGACCCCCGGCUGGAAAGAAACAGAGAGUGUUAUUUAGCGAAGAACAGAAGGAAGCUCUCAGACUAGCUUUUGCUUUGGACCCCUAUCCCAAUGUAGCAACUAUCGAAUUUCUUGCAGGAGAAUUGGGACUGUCUUCCAGGACUAUCACGAACUGGUUUCACAACCAUCGAAUGAGGCUGAAACAACAGGUUCCGCACGGCAUGCCCCCGAAUCCAGACCUGCCAAGCCGUGAGCAAUCUGGCAACACCGCAGGCAACGGCGCGGGAGGUACAGGUCAGCCCUUCGAUCCCGUCCAGUUCAGGUUGCUGCUCAACCAGAGGCUGUUGGAGCUGUCCAAGGAACGGUUGGGCCUGGCAGCCGCAGUUCCAGGCGUUCCGCUGCCCUACCCGCCCUAUUUGGCGACAGCGGCCGCAGCCAAUACUUCCAAUCUUGCCGCCCUUAUCAGUAGGGGGUUGCUGCCUACCGGCGCCGAUGUCGAUCUCUCUGCCCUCAAUAAUGCUGUCAAAGAGCAAAUGAGUGGUUUGGACCUUUCGAUGACCUCCCUUAAACGGGAACCCGGCGAUUUCGACGACGACGAUGACGUCGAAAGCAACGUGGGUUCGGAAGACUCGAAUAUUUCCAACGGUAGUGGUAGCGAAGUAAAACCUGAACCUAAGGAGAUACCUGCUUGCAACCAAGCGAGGUCAUCAAGACGGAAACCAGCGGCUCCUCAAUGGGUGAAUCCCAACUGGGAGGAGGAAAAAGAAAAACCUGCACCUGCAGGAGAUGAGGUUAUCAUCAAUGGUGUUUGUGUGAUGCAAACUGCGGAAGAUUAUGCUAGGCACAAUCCUGAAGAAACGGUCCACGUGGAGCCGCAGGCGGUCAUGGAUCGUUUCGAGGAUGACCAAAGCGACACAUCCUCCAUCAGUAACGACCAAAACGAAAAAUCGGAAGACAAAUGCACUGAAGAACCGGAGGAAGCCAACGAAGAAACAGAACCAAAGCCCGAAGACACCGAAAACAAAGUCAUCAAACAAGAAAAUGAAGAAGAACGGUGGGAGUAUUAAAGUAUUGUUUUCUAGUUGUUCAUAGUUAGUGCUAAUUCGGACUAUGCCCACCGCACUUGGAUAUCCCAAGGACUUGUUUCAAGCCUGCAGUCUUAGUGCGGUUCAUUUGUUUGUUGUAAAGUAAAUCAAGUGCAAUCACUAAAUCGAAGUCUCCACGAUGAUGUUAAGAAAGAAUAUUUAUUGAAUGAUUGUGAUUUUUAGGUACGUAGGUUGAAAACGGCUCGUCUAAAAAGGGCUAGGUUUUGCUAUUGCUCUGUUUCGGUUUUAUAUUUUUUGUUGAACUGUAACAGACCGAUGAUUUAAAUAUGACUCAGUUGAUACGUAAUAUGUUGUAUGGAGUUCGAAGUACACACAAUAACCAACAUAAGUUAGAAAACUCUUCGAUUCCAAAAGUAGGUGAUGAAAUUCGUUUUAAUUGGGUCAUAUUUUGCUAGCGUUCUGUGAGAAUGUAAAGUUCUUGCCAAUUUUUGAUAAUUUUUCAUACAUACACGUCACAUUGGCAUCAUUUUUGUUCAUUUUUAUUUGUAUUUAUGUAGAGUUAUAAAUAAGACUGUUACCGUUAUUAUAUUAUAUAAUGUUUAGCUCCGAUUUGGAGCUAGAGAAGCAAAGAAAAAUGUUUUAAACAUUUUGUGAUAUACACUGUAAUUUUUUCAUUUUUUAUUGAUAUGGAUAUUGUGCUUUCCAUUGUUUUAUUAUUUAUAUGAAACGGCCAAAAAUGCGACAUUCUUUUACGCUACUAUGAUUUAUAGUAGCAUGAUUUUUUAUAAAAAAAAAUUUGAGGGUGGUUCCACGGCCCGUUGCGUCAAGUUGUAUGGAUUAAAUUAAUACAAAACAUAGAAUCAAACACCAUACGUAUGACCCUUUGAAAAUAUAACCUACCUCAGAUUAAAGAAACAAAGUAUUUAACGUUUUAAUGCCGGCCCUGGUGCCUCCCAAAAUUCAGAUAAGGAAGACUUUCAUAGAUGGCGGUUAACCAUUCGGAAUUCAAUAUUUAAAAAGAAAAUAAUGAACAAUAUGACUGGUCAAUAGCCGUUGCAGGUCAAUGUAAAUGGUCGUUCAUCAGAUACGGUUUUCAUCUAAAGAAAAAUUAAUUCUGAUUGGUUAGCGGAUAUGUUCAAUUAACAGUUCCUUGAUCGUUUAUGAAAUCUAUCCUAAAUAUGUAAUUGUUUCAUAAAAUUAGCAGCCUUCCAAAGUUUUUGUACAUAUAAUAUUUAGUUUAUACCUUUUUACCUGCAAGCAUUAAUAGUUUCGAAGUUCUUUGCAGAUAUACUGUUUUGUCUAGUCUUUCCAAAUGGGCAUAAGAAUUGUUGAGCGUGCCAAAGGGAAAUUAUCAUAAGUGGGAUAUGAUUUUGAGUUAUCUGUUACAAAGAAUUAAAGCACUGUUAAGGCAACGAUUUCAGUACAAAAUGCAGCGUUAAGUUAGUUCAAUCCAUAUCGAUUUUUUAUUUCGUUUUUUUUUGCCACGAUCUGCUGAGGGUAUUUUCCACUUUGGCUCACUUAAAAUAUUCUUCUAAAAGGCCAGUACUGACCUGAUACACUUUUCCCACGUACUAAAUUCAAAUUUUUUGAUAAGAAUGUCUUACUUCUAACAAAUGUCGUAUCAGAAUCAAAACUACAAAACUCUUCAUUUGUAUCUAGUAAGUCAUUCUGGAAAAAAUCGGUUUUCAGAUCUCUUAAUUGAAAAAAUCUUUUAAGUAGCUUUAAUUUCCAAAAUAUAUUUAGAAGUAAUAUUACAAAAUGCAUAUCGUUAAUAUUAAGUACUUUCAUGAAGCAAAAUAAAAGAAUCCACCCAUAGAAUGAAUUUAAUGAGAAUAUAUGCCAUAGUUUAUCCUGUUUUUCUUUCCCGUCUGAAUUACACUGGUCAAGAACAACUGUGAACAUCCCUAAUUUUUCAUUAUUUCCGUCUGUGGAAAUGUUAGUAACUAUCUUUAUUAUUCCUUACUGCUUUACAACAUUUUCUGUUCUUUCAUGUUCAGGUUAUACAAUAUUUCCGAAUAAAUCUCACAUUCAUGUUUCUUAAAACUAUUUCUUUGAUUUUAAUGUCCUCGGAGCAUAAUCGUCCGAAGCUGGGGUGAAACAGAGUGUUGUUCAUCAGUGUACAUAGCACCUGGAUAAAGUGUUAUUUAAAAAAAUUACGUGCAAUAUUUUAAGCGUUCUAAAUAUAUAUUUUUUGCGAUAUACAAAAUGUAUUUCUUCCAAAAAAAGAAUGUAUUCAAUGUAAUAACAUUGUAAAAAUUAAAGAUACGUAAAUUUGUCUUAAAAAUAAAACAAGGCAUAAUUUUAGCAAAAAAUGUAUUAUAAUGCACAUUUCUAAUUAAAUAAAUGCAUGUAGUUAUAUAGCAUAGAUUUUUUUUGCUGUAGACGGAAUAUCGAUGAAAUUUUUGUUAUUAAAAUAAAUUUUCUUUGCCGCCAAUGAGAUACGUAAUUGUGGUUUUCGUUAUAAAUACCAAGACAUGCUAUGGUACAAGAAAAUUUGUUUUACUUUUAUUAUAUUUUAUAUUAAAUAGACCACCCCAAGAACAACGGCUUAGGAAGAUCCUAGAUCUAUUUUAUUCCUUUUUUACUGUAAAUAUUUAUAUCAUAUCAUCCUUCGAAAAUUUCUAAAUUAAAAUUUUCUCUGUAUUUAACA